AUGGGAUGCGAUGCAUCGAUCAUGAUAACCUCUACUCCAGACAACUUGGCUGAAAGAGAUGCAGGAGUUAACAGGGACUUGGCUGGUGAUGGUUUUAGCGGCGGUGGAAGCCGAGUGGCGGGGAGCGGUGUCUUAUGUUUCUUUAGAGAUGAUUUAGGCUGCUUCUAUUAUGAUUGGGCUUUGAAAAAGAAUGCACAAAAACCAGAGAGGCACGUAGUAAAACAGGAACGCUCACAGAAGACGAAAGAGAAGAAGAAUGUGCGCCUGGUCGCCUGGGGCAGCUGGAAGGAAUGGGAUUGCGUGAGAUCUGCGCUCUUCUCGGAUUGCUCAUCGAGAAUAUCGGCCGCGAUCGACAGGAUUACGGCAUGGCAGGCAAGAGCGCGUGUCCCGAUUGCGGUGGAAAUCACGGCCAAUCUUCUCAGCAUUCACCUAAGAGAUCCUUCGAUGAGGGACGACAUUCCAGAGAAUUUAGUUCUCUCCGAACAGCUGCUGCGAUUGAUGUACGCAAUGUCGAUAAUGAGGCUCAUCAAUGGCGUAGUAGACGAUAAGAAGAAUUUCCGGUUUGGUUCUGUGGCAACACGAGCUUGCCAGGCAGAGCUUCCUCACUUGCUAGUGAGCAUUCGCCAUGAUUCUGCUCACGGAGAACUUCCUGCGAUAUCAUUGCUACGUAUGGCAAGCAAACAAGCGUUAGAGUGGCUAAAGGCUUUCUACUGGCAACGCCAAAGGACAACUUUACAUGCUGCUCGAGCCCAUCUUAAAGCUCUCCUCAUGGAGUACGUGACCAUGCUGCAAAAAAGCUAUGUUCCAUGCGAGGAUCUAAGCGGCCACGACAAGAAGCAAUUGAAAAGAGUUCGUCACGACAGAGAUUUGCUACUCCAAAAACUCAUCAAGGCGUCACUAGCAGUGCCGCAGGAAGUCGUCUCGAUACUAAUCGACGACGCGCUUCUAGAAAAAGACGACGCAAACAACGAAGAUCAAAUGGAAGCUACUGGAUCAAACGCAAGGAAGCUGGCGUCAGUCGAGGAUCUCUCCUGGAAGUUCGCGAUAAACAAGCUCUCUCUCGCAAUGCCACAAAUCUUACCAAUGCUGGCUCUCGGGAUAACCAGGCGACUAGCAGGCUUAGAGGCAAUAGCAGACGGCACAGGCUACUCGGCAAUCAGCGAAGACGGUACCGAAGUUGCGAAGAUCUCCAGCGAUCUCGAGGCCAACAGGCUGACGGACUGGCUCGAGUGGCUUCUCGAGUGCAAAGAGAAGCGGGUCACUGUAAAGCCGGAAAUGGAGAUUUACCUCGAGAACGGUGGAGUCCAUGGCCAAAUCUCUCAAGAGCUCACCAGGGAGCUCCUGUCCACGUGCCUGAAACAAGAGCUACAACACAAAGUCAAGCCGAGGCUCGUCAAGCUCGUCGGUGACGUAUACUACGCGGAGAAAACGUCGCGGCUUGCUCAGAAGCUGUGUCAAUUCCAAACUCCAGCGACGACGAUUACAAAUGGAAAUGGACAAGACUUAGGUGACGACGGCGAGGCUCGUGUGGUCCAGAGUCCGGCCGAGCUAAACAGUUUAGAGUCAAGGCUGACAGAGAUGAAAAGGACGCAGCAGGAGAUAAUUCUUACAACUGGGAAUAGCAAACGUAGCGGGGCCGAGGAACAACGAAGAGGAGCCAGUAGAGACGAACGAACGAGGAGAGGACAAGACGAGCAGCAGAGUGGUGAAGAGGACGGUCUCCAUAAUGGCUCACAACGACAGAGAUGGACACUGGCGAGGAACUGGCAAGCCUGUGCUAUAGGCAUGCUUCCAUCCUCUUGCUACUUUGGAGGAGUGCGGCCUUCAUGGCUGGUAGAAUGCACGAAGGAGCUCUGUAGUGAUAGCAGGAGCUGGGAGGACGAGGAAGAGAAGGCCACCUCUACUACACUUGCAGUGAUGAAGGAUCAGGACAUGAGAAAGAAACGAAAGAUCUGUGAUGAGGAAGAGGAGGAUCCACUCAACGCUUUCACUGUGGCCCAGGAUGUGGAGAAAGGAAGUGAAGUUCCUGUCAUUAAUGAGGAGAGGAGGAGCUCGCAAGUACCCAGUGAUGAUGCUGGUGGUGGUGGCAAUGCUGGUGAUAAAAGUGGUGAUAAGGAGUGUUGUCACGAGCAGGCAAUGGCAUCCAUCAAAGGCUGCUUGCUUGUGAAUGGCAAGCUCCAGAUAGUCAGGCCUGAAGUGUUGACUGCCAUCCAGAGAGAAAUUUGUGUGCUGUAGCAACCUUGCUUUAAUUUGUGAGAUUAUUUAUCCUUU